UGAAAAUAUAAAAAAGUAUGCUAGAAUGGGACAGUUAAUAUUUAAUUAUUUUGAAAAUAACAUAAAAAAAAAACCAAACAAAGCCUUAGAUACCAAUAUUUUAUUUCACAUGUAUAAAUAUAAACCCCACGCCUCUCUGCUCACUUCAGUCGGACCUUGCUUGCUACCCAUAGGCCUGAUGGACUUGAGCUGCAUUUCUCCUCCCUCAAAUCUCCAACGGCUACUUGUCCAGCCAAACAAAAACCAUCUUGGAGUCCUUAAUUCAUUUCAAGUCAAUCAUGCAAAAAGUUUGAAUUCCUGGUUCCGUAUUGUAUCAAACUCUGCUAGUUCUGGACGGUCAACCAUUGUUUCCAGAAGUGCCAUUUUAGAUACCAGACAUGGGAAUGAUAACAGCAACAAUGCUUCCCCUCAGGCAACGAAGUUAAGGAAACUUCUGGGCUCGCCCGGAAUUCAUCUGGGUCCGGCUUCUUUUGAUGGUUUGAGUGCCAAACUUGUGGAAAAAGCCGGCUUUGAUUUCUGCUUUACUAGUGGGCCAAAUCAUGAAACUAAGUAGAAGCGCGAAACUAAUGAUGCUUGAGUCGCUGCUAGUGAUACUUGAGUAUGAUGGCAUUGCUGGAAGUGAAAAUACACUUUCACUAAUAACGGGAAAGAUCAAAUUGAUGGUUUUAGAAAGGCUGUAGUUGAGGUCUUUAUGGAUGCAUUCUACUGAGACGGGGAUAAAGGUUGCUUGUUACUUCAAAUUGUCUGGUAAGGGUUAGCGCUUUGCAACAGUAAUUUCCAAGAAUUAUCAUUAAGAAGAGGAAAAUGCAUACGGGUUGUCCUGUGGUUGCAAAACACGUUCCCAAACCUAUCAGCCAAUGAUGAUGGUUCCCAUUAAAGUUUCACUUGUACUUCUAUCCCUGUUCCCUGGAUGAGUCUUAUUAAGUCGUAUCAUUUGUUGGUUUACCUCCUCAAUGAAUGAUGAGGCUCAGCCUGGAAGCUGCUUAGUUGCUGAGAAGGAAUCUGUGGAUUGACUAUAAAACUUGAUGGCCUGGAUAGAUAGCCAUUUUUUCUUCUUUUUUCUUACUUCCCUCUUUAAUACAUAUCAGUUUCCAAAUCUUUAAGUGACAUAUGGAAUAUACGUAUAUGUUGCUGCCUUUUGUAGGAGAAGCCUCUAAAUGACUUUUUGUUAGAGUCAUUAAUGAUUUAUGUAAUAAAAUUUUUGACCUUACCAAUUAGGAGAUAUUCUAAUCCAUUUCAUGUUCCUUAAGGUUUUGGAAUAUCAGCAGCUCGGUUAGGUUUGCCAGAUACAGGACUCAUUUCUUUUGGAGAAAUGGUGGAUCAAGGACAGCAGAUUACCCAAGCUGUGUCCAUUCCUGUGAUUGGUGAUGGAGAUAAUGGAUAUGGUAACGCAAUGAAUGUCAAGAGAACAGUGAAGGGAUAUGUUAGAGCAGGAUUUGCUGGUAUAAUUCUUGAAGAUCAGGUUUCUCCAAAAGCCUGUGGCCAUACACGUGGGAGGAAAGUUGUGUCCAGAGAGGAAGCCGUCAUGAGAAUAAAAGCAGCUGUUGACGCUAGGAGGGAGAGUGGCUCUGAUAUUGUUAUAGUGGCACGAACUGAUUCCCGACAAGCUGUGUCCUUUGAAGAGUCCCUUUGGAGGUCUCGUGCUUUUGCUGAUGCUGGAGCGGAUGUUUUAUUCAUUGACGCACUUGAAUCAAAAGAAGAAAUGAAAGCAUUUUGUGAAGUUUAUCCUCUUAUCCCCAAGAUGGCUAACAUGCUUGAAGGAGGAGGGAAAACGCCAAUCUUCAAUCCUAUUGAACUUGAAGAAAUUGGAUAUAAGCUUGUGGCAUACCCGCUUUCUUUGGUUGGGGUCUCCAUUCGUGCGAUGGAGGAUGCCCUUGUAGCCAUAAGAGGAGGAAGGUUGCCUUCUCCUGGAAGUAUGCCUACCUUUGAAGAGAUGAAAGAGAUUUUAGGUUUUAACAAUUAUUAUGAAGAAGAAAAGCACUAUGCCACCAGUGUCUAUCAAGUUGCAUCACAAGCCGGAUACAGUACCAAACCAAAUAUCAAAGAUGACAAGGACCCAAAAAGUGGAAGUUUACAUGAACCUGUGAUUGAAGUACUCACUCCUGAAGUAUAUGACGGAAAUGUUGCAAAAGAUUACGGCAGUCCAUUUUCUGGGAUCUGGUCUAGAAAGUUAAGAGUCAAAAUUACAGGACGAGAUGGGUUUGAAAAGCUUGACAUCCGAAUUCCUGCUGGAUUUCUGGAUGGCAUAAUCAAUAUAGUGCCAGCUUUGGGAAAUGUAAACAUCAAAGCUCUGUUGGAUGAUGCUGCUCAAGAAGAGGGAGGAAAAGUGUUGUUGGAUUUUAAUGACAGAAUUGGUGAUAGGAUUCAAGUCUUUCUGGAGUAAAUAAACUACAAAGUCAUGAAUGAAGCUGCAAGGUAACUUCAUUAUCCGUUUCUAUUGAAGAAGUAGUAACUUUCUCCUUCCCUGAAUUAGCCGCAUGCCUCUCCCAUGACCAGAUCGGGUUUUAUACUGGUGCUCUCUUUCCCAGGGGAUCACUGGGAAAAAAAAAAAAAAACAAAUAUACAGAAUAGCCAUUGUAAUGAAAUCUUUAGAGUGCCAUGUUAUAGUAUUUGUACCUAAAACGUAAAGAAUUAAUUCUUGUUGAAUAGUAAAUGCAGAACUGAUGUAAUAUAAACAGACAACGACCAAAAUGUAAACUACUAGUAGUACUUGAUUUCAUUGCCUUUAUCUCCUUCUAAAAACUUUUCCAAGUCUAUGAUCAUACAUUUUCUCCUCAGUUGGCUGUUCUCGUCGCCCCUUCUGUUCAUGGGACAAAGAACCCCGACAAUAAUCAAGAACACGGCCUCCUCCACUAAAUGCCGACUCUGAAGUCACGUAGAAAUUUGCACACAUCGAGAAGAUCUCUUGCCAUUGUAUAGUAAAGAUUUAAAAUGGCACAAAGCCAAACAACUCCAAGAAAGAAGGCCAUCACUACCUUUUUUUGACCAAGUCUACAACAAAAAUAUCAGAUUUUACCUGAUACAAAUGCUUCAAUGUCUUCUAAAUCCUGUUCAAAGGACUUUGAAACAAUCAUCUUAAGGUACGAGAAUAUCAAGUAUAUUAUUGCUUUUGGGUACAAUUUGAUUGUGAAUGGUACAAUUUGGGUCCACAACAACAUUGUGGCA